GGUCCUGGCAGUGUGCGCGCAGGGAUGGAGGGUGGAGGCUCCUCAUGCGCUCUGAGCGCACAGACGCAGCUCUGCGACCACCGCGACAGUCUGUGACAUGUAAUGAGAGCAGGACUACACGGCGCUGGUGAAAACCCACUGAGUGGAUGCUGGUCUGCUGACCUGUCACUGAUUGGAUCUCGCCAACGUCUGGAGUCUCACAUGCCUUAACACCACAAUGGAGCUCAUCCAGGCCACACAGGUUUCUUUGCUGCCUCAGGAAGCCCCGACAGCUGCCUGGAGUAACAACUCUGUUCCCCCCUACUCCCAUUUCCUGCUUCUGUCCACUACCUCUGAACCGCUUCUCAGUCUCAACCCAGCCAAUGGUUCUUUACUCUUUAACGCCACUUGCCCAAACUGCACUAAAACUAAACCUGGAUCCCUCCCUGGUCUGGCUGGAAUCUUCAUCCCUCUUAUUUAUGGGAUAGUCUGUAUUGUUGGUUUGGUGGGGAACACUCUGGUUAUCCAUGUUGUCGUCAACUACACUAAGAAUGAGUCAGUCACAAACAUCUACAUCCUCAAUCUAGCCAUUGCAGAUGAGCUUUUUAUGCUGGGUCUGCCCUUCUUGGCAGCGCAGAACGCUUUGCUCUCGUGGCCCUUUGGAUCUCUAAUGUGCCGUGUGGUCAUGACAGUGGACGCCAUCAACCAGUUUACCAGCAUCUUCUGUCUGACUGUGAUGUCAGUGGACCGAUACUUGGCAGUGGUGCACCCCAUCCGGUCCUCUUGGUGGCGGCGCCCCCAUGUGGCCAAGGCUAUCAGUGGCACAGUCUGGGCAGGGUCCUUUGUGGUGGUGCUGCCAGUGGUGGUGUUUGCAGAUGUGCUGAAGGAUGAUGGGAACUGCAGCAUCGUGUGGCCUGAACCAGCAGAAGUGUGGAAGACUUCUUUUAUUGUGUACACGUGCACUGUUGGCUUCUUCUGCCCCCUGCUGGUCAUCUGCCUGUGCUACCUGCUGAUCGUCGUCAAGGUGCGAAGUGUUGGGAAACGGGCACAGGCCACAUCAUCCAGACGCAGGAAGUCUGAGCGUAAAAUCACCAGGAUGGUGGUCGUUGUUGUGGCCGUGUUUGUCUUCUGCUGGCUACCGUUCUAUGUGCUCAACAUCCUCAACCUCCUCGUGGUCCUGCCUGGAGACUUCAGGGGGCUGUACUUUGUUGUCGUGCUUUCUUAUGCGAACAGCUGUGCCAACCCCAUACUGUACGGAUUUCUGUCUGACAACUUCAAGAGGGGCUUCAGGAAGGCCCUGUGCCGCACUUCACGCAGGGUGAAAAGCAACGACAGGGCCGGCACUGAGGUGCAGCGACCCACAGAGGAGUGGGGCGGCAUUGUGCUCCAACCGCAACAAAGUGAGGGAGCCACCAGUGUGCACAGGAAAAACUCUGGUGAAGAAGAGGAGGAAAUCAAUGGAACAGAAGGAGCCAUGCAGCUGGCAGAGAUAUGCAAAACGUCACACAAUGGAAACCAAAAUGGAGUAAGAGAGGCCUCAAGGACCCAGGUGGUGCAGAGGGGGAAGUCUGAGCUGGGUACUGGCUCUGACGAAUUCUUGGAUCAAAACUCUGUGCUUGAUAUCAGCUAUCUGUAAGAGAAUGUUUGCAGUGGAUGACGGUACCUGCUUCUUAUGAGGAGUGACUGCAUUACAAUGUGCAAGUCUGUGAAGUUGCUGUGUAUCAUGUAACAGUCUGCCAGUAUCAAUGCAAGUCGCUUUGCAAUGGUUUGAGUGUAAAAACAAUUUAAAAGCAGGCACCAUUUUAACCAUGUUGAGCUGAACCCUAGGGAAAGCUGACAGAAGGCAAGAACACAUAAAGAAAACACUACACCUUGGAAAGUGGAUGAAUGCAGUUAUUGUCAGAAACAGUAUUUUUAGUCUCAGUUUAUCACCCUCAAUCUUGAGAAUGAGAAUGUUCUGCUAGCUGUGGUUCCUUAAAAUUGUCAGAAGUCUAGAUUUGACACCAAAAAGGCCACCAGAGACUGGUGUCACCAUGUAAACUUUGGUGGUUAGGGCUUCAAUCACUGCACAGGGCUCCAGAUUGCAAACAAGUGCGAAUGUAUGAUGAUAAUGAAAAACUUUUGCUAUGUCUCCUACCAGCAUGGGUAGCUACUGCUUUAGUCACAGUGGUGGAAAGGAGGACUUUUCAGUCCCUUCCUGAUGCAUAAAACAAGCUAUUAAGCUAUUGUGUGUGCCAUAAAUAAAGCAGUGUGCAGCUGGUCUUUAUAAAAACAAGUCGAAGAAAAGAGGAUUUGACUCAGGCGUAACCAGCUGAGAGAGUUGGUCGCACCAGUGGAGGUCUGCUUUAUCAUCAGUGUUGCUUUGAUAUCUCGUACGUAAAUUGCUAAUGCACGUCCCAGUGGGAGAUAACAUGACUAAUGACUAUUGUGAAAUGAAAAAUGUCAGCUGUGUUUGCUUUUGAAAGAGGAAAACAGAACACAAAGGUAGUUGGUUUUCACAGACGCACUUUUAUGCAGCAGCAGCUACGAGUGUCUGAACAUACGAACAUUUUACUUAUUGCUGUAGGUCAAAGUGAUGCUUUCCUCCUUUUAAAGCUCCUGUUUAGACACUGAAUAAACCCCUAAACCUCACCUCUAAAAUGGUAUAUUAGGAAGUUUCCGUUACAUCAACAUAAUUUUAUCCUGUCUCCAAACAGUUUAAAUGUGACUACAUUGUUGCUUCAUUUAGAAUCUGUAGAUCUACACACGUGGACAAAA